GAGAACUUACUGCCUACAGACCCUGGCGUUUGGGGCGGAACGCGCUUGCACGCUCUUCUGCACCUGCGGGUUCCUCAAGAUGUCAACCUCAGUCCCACAAGGCCAUAACUGGACCCGACAGGUGAAGAAGGACGAUGAGGAAGAAGACCCACUGGACCAGCUGAUCACACGCUCUGGUUGUGCUGCCUCCCACUUUGCAGUGCAAGAAUGCAUGGCCCAGCACCAGGACUGGCGCCGGUGCCAGCCACAGGUUCAGGCUUUCAGGGAUUGCAUGAGUGCACAGCAGGCAAGACGGCGGGAGGAGCUGCAGAGAAGGAAAGAGCAAGCCAGCGCUCAACACUGAGACCUUAAAACAUCACCCUGCAGUGGGCUGGCCGAAAUCAGCACCCAGAUGGACCUGGGAGGAAGAAACCCUAAGUAACAGACGUGUGCUGCAGGAGGUGUAAAAUCUGGGGACAGUCUUUGGGACUAUGAUUGAUAGCCAGACACCAUGAGUUUGCACACGGCGGCCAUCAUAAGUUGUUUUACUCUAUGGCCAGGUCACACAUAUCCUCACCUUCCUCGUUCUACCAGUAUUUGUAUUUACAACAACACUCCCUGCACCCUUCCUCUCAGGGUCUGUGUGCCAAGUACUUUGUAAGUACAUUCACAGCUAAAGAUAAACGGGUUGCCCAAUCAGCCUUCAUCUUUCAAUCACAGAUUUAACGACAGAAGUGUUUCUAAGGCAUUGUGUUGGUGAUGGGCGAUUUGAAGAGUACUGUGACCUUCCUUUUGCUUAGAGACUAGUGUGAGAGCAGAAAUAAAGCAACACUCAAAGGAGUGAACUCAGUCUCCAGCAGUGACAUAAGCGCCUCCAUGUUCACUUCUUCAGUGUAAUGGGGUGGGAGGAGCCUUUUUAGAGGCAGAAUCUGUGUAGCCCAGACUGACCUGCAGCUUACUAUAUAGCCAAGGAUGACCUUAAACUCAUGGUCCUCCUGCCUCCACCCCCAAGUACUGAGAUUACAGGCAUGUGCCACCAUGCCUGUCGGGGGAACAUUUUCUUUUCAGAGUCUGCCCCUCGCCUAACCAGCACAAAGCUUGCCUGACGUUUUGGAAGUGUGUUUGACCUUUGGGCAGUAGAACCGCUAUCAACAUGUUCCUAUUUGUCAGCCCUCUGGCAGUGCCGAUGCUACCUUCUCUGGGGUUGCUGUGUCCUGCUUAUAACAGCAGCAGUUGCUCCCCCCACUCCCUUUUUUUGAGACAGGGUUUAUUUGUGUAGCUCUGGCUGUCCUGGUACUUACUUUGUACACCAGGCUGGCAUUGAACUCACAGAGAUCUGCCUGCCUCUGCCUUCUGAGCACUGGGAUUAAAGGCACAUGCCACCA